UACACUUGCAGCAUCCCUGGCGGAAGCCCGAAGCGGAUUGACCCUUUGAGAAGAAUUGGCCGAGUGGGCUGGGGAGGAGCCUUGGAGGGUUCCGCGUGGGGCACGCUGAGGCUUGGAGUCACCACGGCACUGGGGAUAUCUGGACGUGGGAGAGGUUGUUGUGCGAUGGCAGCCGCUCCUCCCCAAAAUUUGGAGUCGAGUGUGUUUUCUGACAUGUGAGCAAGGACCGGGGGUUACUUGGAGAGAAAACGUCCUCCAGGAACUGGACUGAUUGACCACAGAAAUGAGUCCUGCAGAAGCCCUUGAUGAUGAAAAUACAUUUAAAAUUUUGGUUGCAACUGAUAUUCAUCUGGGAUUUAUGGAGAAAGAUGCAGUCAGAGGAAAUGAUACAUUUGUCACAUUUGACGAAAUUUUAAGACUUGCCCAGGAAAAUGGAGUGGACUUUAUUUUGUUAGGUGGUGAUCUAUUUCAUGAAAAUAAGCCCUCAAGAAAAACAUUACAUACCUGCCUGGAGUUAUUAAGAAAAUACUGCAUGGGCGAUCGUCCUGUACAGUUUGAAAUUAUCAGCGAUCAGUCAGUCAACUUUGGUUUUAGUAAGUUUCCAUGGGUGAACUACCAAGAUGACAAUCUCAACGUUUCAAUCCCCGUGUUUAGUAUUCAUGGCAAUCAUGAUGAUCCUACAGGGGCAGAUACACUCUGUGCCCUGGAUAUUUUAAGUUGUGCUGGAUAUGUAAAUCACUUUGGGCGUUCAAUGUCUGUGGAGAAAAUAGACAUUAGUCCAGUUUUGCUUCAAAAAGGAAGCACAAAAAUUGCUCUAUAUGGCUUAGGAUCCAUUCCAGAUGAAAGGCUGUAUCGAAUGUUCCUCAAUAAAAAAGUAACAAUGUUGAGACCAAAAGAAGAUGAGAAUGCUUGGUUUAAUUUAUUUGUGAUUCAUCAGAACAGGAGUAAACACGGGAAUACUAACUUCAUUCCAGAACAAUUUUUGGAUGACUUUAUUGAUCUCGUAAUCUGGGGCCAUGAACACGAGUGUAAAAUAGCUCCAACCAAAAAUGAGCAGCAACUGUUUUACGUGUCACAGCCCGGAAGUUCAGUGGUUACUUCACUUUCCCCCGGAGAAGCUGUAAAGAAACAUGUUGGUUUGCUACGUAUUAAAGGAAGGAAGAUGAAUAUGCAGAAAAUUGCUCUUCACACAGUGCGGCAGUUUUUUAUGGAGGAUGUAAUACUGGCUGAUCAUCCAGACAUUUUUAACCCAGAUAAUCCUAAAGUAACCCAGGCCAUACAGAGCUUCUGUUUGGAAAAGAUUGAAGAAAUGCUUGAAAAUGCUGAACGGGAACGUCUGGGAAAUUCUCAACAGCCAGAUAAGCCUCUUAUACGACUGCGAGUGGACUACAGUGGAGGUUUCGAACCUUUCAGUGUUCUUCGCUUUAGCCAGAAGUUUGUGGAUCGAAUAGCUAAUCCGAAAGACGUUAUCCAUUUUUUCAGGCGCAGAGAACAAAAGGAAAACAUGGGAGAAGAAAUCAACUUCGGGAAGUUAAUUAGUAAACCUUCAGAAGGAACAACUCUAAGGGUGGAAGACCUUGUAAAACAGUAUUUCCAAACUGCAGAGAAGAAUGUGCAGCUCUCACUUCUGACGGAAAGGGGAAUGGGUGAAGCAGUACAAGAGUUUGUGGACAAGGAAGAGAAAGAUGCCAUAGAGGAAUUAGUGAAAUACCAGUUGGAAAAAACACAACGAUUUCUUAAAGAACGUCAUAUUGAUGCCCUAGAAGAUAAAAUUGAUGAAGAGGUACGUCGUUUCAGAGAAAGCAGACAAAAAAAUACCAAUGAGGAAGAUGACGAAGUUCGAGAGGCCAUGACUAGGGCCAGAGCCCUCAGAUCUCAGUCUGAGGACUCGGCUUCCGCCUUUGGUGCUGAUGACUUCAUGAGCACAGGUUUGGCAGAACAGGUGGCUGACGACUCUGAUGACAGCACCACAGCAGAAGCCAACAAAGGAAGGGGUCGAGGAAGAGGCCGAAGAGGAGGAAGAGGACAGAAUUCAGUGUCCAGAGGAGGAUCUCAGAGGGGAAGAGCAGGCACUGGUCUGGAGACUACUACUCGAAGCAGAAGUUCAAAAGCUACUACAUCAACAUCGAAAAACAUGUCUAUUAUAGAUGCCUUUAAAUCUGCAAGACAGCAGCCCUCGAGAAAUGUUGCUACUAAGAAUUAUUCAGAGGUGAUUGAGGUGGAUGACUCCGAUGUGGAAGAAGACAUUUUUCCUACCACUUCAAAAACAGGUCAAAGGUGGUCAAACACAUCAUCAUUUUCAAGCAAUUCCAUGUCACAGAGCCAAACAACGAAAGGGGUCAAUUUUGAAUCAGAUGAGGAUGAUGACGAUGAUCCUUUCAUGAACAUUAGUUCUUUAAGAAGAAACAGAAGAUAAUUAUUUAAUGGCACUUUGUAGUUUUCAAGAUUCAGGAAAAAUCAAAACUUUGUAGGUUAAGAGUUUACAGUAGAAGAUUUUUAAAGUAUUGCUGUUACCUGAAGAAUUUGAAAGAGACUUACUUAACAGAGAGAUAAUGGAUAAGAAUCCCUGUUUCUGAGCACCGUGUCCUGAAGAUGGCUCCAUGGCGCGAGGCCUUCCCAGCUCAAGGACAUGUAACCUGGCCUUGGUGUUUCUCAUUUUUAUAUCUGGUUGUUAACAUUACAUGGUGAUGCUGUAUACAAUGUAGACUGUUACUUUCCUGACCUGUAUUAGUGUAUAUUUUAGAGAGAGCUUUGCUUAAAUAUUAAUCUUGAAUAAUGAUUAAAAUAAAUGUGCUAUUAUACA